AUGAAUGACGAAGACAAUAUGGUUAAAAUAUUUAUAAAUUCAUUAAAAUUACGGGCAAAAAAUGAAAAUCUUCCUUUGAAAACCAUUUAUGAUGAAGAAGCUCUAAGGUACCAAGUUGCUGCUGGCCUAUAUCCGUGGUCAACUGCAGAGAGCAUUAUGCAUUAUACCAGGAGAUCCUCGCUGCCUUCUUUGCCCCAAACAUUACAUGAAUUAUCCAUCACAUUUGAUAAUGGAGAGUUAUUUAGAUACUCAUGUUGUGGUUCUUCCAUAUUUAACGGAUGUGUGCGAGAUACUGAUGGUAAUAGUAUUAGUUUAUGGUAA